AUGUAUCGCCUUGAUCUGAACUCCGAUCUUUCUAUUCGGAACCAAUGGGCUCGCCAGCACAUUGUUCGAGCCGUCCAGCAAGAUUGGAACCGCAUCGUCCAGCGAGAGCAAGACUCUUCUGAAACCCCCCUCCCACUUAUCCCUGAAGGAAACAAGCUUCCUCGUGCCCCCGCCCCUCGCAAAUCCCCUGCUCCCCAUGACCAUGGAUCCAAGGAGCCCAGAGUCAUCAAGAUAGGUAUCGUAGGUGCUGGCGCAGCUGGUCUGUUUACUGGUCUCGUAUUGGACUACCUCAACGGUCGGCUACACAACCAGGCUGUCCCGCUCAAAUUUGAGUAUGACAUCCAUGAGGCUGCUGGACCGGACAGAGUUGGAGGUCGACUGUUUACUUACAACUUUGGUGGUCGUCGUGAUUUCCAUGAUUAUUACGAUGUCGGGGCGAUGCGGUUUCCUGACAACCCUGUCAUGGGACGCACAUUUGAUCUCUUCUCUAAGCUGGGCAUGGAAAAGACUGACUUCAAGGCCAACCCUGACGCGCCUGAUGGGUCCUUGAUUCCUUACAUCAUGCAACCCAGUGCUUCAUCUACAAACCCUUGGUGUUUUAACAACGUCACUGUUUGGGGUUCGACAUACAAAGAUGUUCAAACAGCUGCUGAUACGGUAGAUCCAUUCAACAUCGACGCAGAUAAACGUAUCAGUCCUGAGCUACUCAGGGACGGACCUGAUAACGUCAUGAAGGCUAAUAUUCGUCCUCUCCGCGAACAGCUGAUCAAGGAUGUUGAACAGAGUCCUCCGGGAGAGGAAGGUUGGAAGAUGUUGAUGGAGUACGAUACAUAUAGUACUCGUCAGUUUCUUUCAAUUGCGCAUAAAAAGAAACCCAAAGAUAUCCCCGCGCCUCCAUACAACUAUGAGACCAUCGAGUGGCUCGAAACAUUCAACGGAGGAACAGACUGGUAUGACCAGGCUCAUAGUGAGACUGUUCUCGAGUCCCUUGACUUCGAAUUUUCGGAGGACACCAAGUGGUACUGUGUCCUUGGAGGCGCUCAACAACUCGCCAAGAAGAUGGAAGAAAAGGUUAUCCAUAAGCCCAAGUAUCACUCCCCUGUUGUCUCCAUCAAGGCUGUUGACAAGAUGAAAGUGGAGCUCGAUGUCAGGACUCAACAGAACACUGAAGUCCUCACAUACGAUGCUGUUCUGUCUUCCACUACCCUCGGGUGUCUUGGACGUAUCGAUACACGUCAUGCAGGAUUGAGGUACCCAGUCAAGCAGGCCAUUCGCUCCUUGGGGUACGGUACAUCAUGCAAGGUGGCUAUCAAGUUCAGCCGCGCCUGGUGGAUCCAUGACCUGAAGGAUUUUAACAUUCAGGAGGCAGGUCUGGGCCACUCCGAUCUGUCACUUCGAACUUGCGUUUACCCAUCGUAUAACAUCUACGAUGACUCUUCCAAGACGGCUGUACUGCUGUGCUCCUACACUUGGCAGCAAGAUUCCGAUCGCAUUGGAUCUCUCAUGUCGACCAACACGAACCAUAGCCACAAGGUUGCUGAUGAAGCAGCAUUAAAAGAGCUGCUCAUUCGUGAUCUGGCUAUCCUGCACAGAAACAACCAGAUUAAUGAAGAGGAACUGUAUAAACUUAUCAAGAACAGUUAUCUCGAUCAUCAUGCCUAUGACUGGUCCGAAGAUGCCAACACUGCGGGUGCUUUUGCAUUCUUCAGACCCCAGCAGUUCAGCUCGAUGUGGAACAGGAUCAUUCAACCCUCCGGCGAUGUCGUCAUUGUUGGUGAGGCCGCCAGUCCUCAUCACGCAUGGGUCGUGGGAGCUCUCGAGAGUGUUGUGCACGGCCUACACGCUUGGAUGGGCACCAAUGUUCCUCUAGUUCCUGAGCUACAGCAUGCCAAGAAGAUCCUUGAGGGCACAGAAAGUGGAAAUCCUUUCGUCGGCCUUCCUCCUUACAUGGACAAGAAUACGUCAGACUGGCAUGCUCUGAUGGGAAUGAUUAGUCGGGAUAAGCAUCUCCAGAACAUGGGAGCUUCUGAUGGCUCCAAUCCGUUGUCAAGUGUGGUCUCGCAUUUUGAUGUAGAGGAACUUAAGAAUGUCACAGCAGAGUGA